UCGAUGUAGAUAAUUAGGAUUUCCCCGUGAUUUAUACACAGUGGAGACAUACUACCCGGAGUCUUUUUUCUGCGACACGGGGGAUUAAUGGCUGCAGUCACUGCACGGAUCCUCUGUUAUUGUUUACAUUUCGAAACGAGAUGACAAGUUAGUCCUCAGCUAUCACUAUGCUUUCCGCUUAACUUGGAUGUCAAGGACACUCAGAUGACUGGGGAGGUAUAGCAGUCAUUGAGCCAUAAGGCCUGGAUAGCUUCAUAAUUGGAAAGUACUGCAGGGUGCACGAUGUUUAGUGCAGCUCAAAGUUCAAAGUCAGAGUUCCUGGACAAAGCCAGGCAGGCGAGGGAGGAGAGGAAAGGACAAAAGGAGAAGGAGAGAGCAGCAAUCCAGAUCCAAGCUCUGGUCAGGAGGUUUCUCUGUCGCUGCAGACUCCAGAAGCAAAUAAGGAAAGAGGUUGAUGACUAUUUUCAAGCCUCUGAAACUGGGACAUCAAAAAGGAAUGCACUGUCAAUUUUCAAACUUGCUCGGAAAUUAUUGUUCAUUUAUUGCAAAGAUGAUAAAUUGAGGUUUGAGAAGCUUUGUCGCGCCAUACUUGGCAGCAUGGAUGUUGAAAAUGAACCUAAAGUCUGGUAUGUAUCCCUGGCUCUUUCCAAAGACCUCACCAUUCCCUGGCUCAAACAGAUUAAAGAUGUUCUGUGGAUUUCCUGUCAGCUGCUGAAAAACUUAAAGCCGGACAUACUUCAGGAUAGUAAAUUGGUAACACUGUACCUUACCAUGCUGGUGACUUUCACGGACACUUCAACUUGGAGGAUAGUCCGAGGGAAAGGAGAGGCUCUCAGACCAGCAUUGACCAGGAUUUGUGAGAAUAUCAUGGGGCAUCUCAACCAGAAGGGAUUCUACUCUAUACUACAGAUCUUGCUGACCAAUGGCUUGGCGCGCUCCAGACCUUCUCUGUCAAAGGGCACUUUAACAGCAAUAUUCACUUUGUCAUUAAGGCCAGUCGUUGCUGCUCACUUCUCCGAUAACCUACUGAGAUCAUUCCUCAUUCACAUCAUGUCAGUUCCAGCAGUUGUAUACCACCUCAGUGUGCUAACACCAGAGUGUAUGGCCUCCAUUCAGACUCAUGACCUGCUGCGGAAGUUCAUUCUUUUUCUUAGCCGUGAGGAGCAGUGUCUUGACAUCUGUGUGUGUUUAGAGGGGAGCCACACACUCUGCUUACUGGGCAACCUGAUUCAUCUGGGCUACCUUAAUGACAAAGUCCUAGAAGAAGAGGCCAACCAUUUUGUGAAGGACCUGACCGACAUGCUGUCCUACUGCCAGAGAUAUGUGUCCCAAAAGAAAUCCAACCUCACCCACUGGCACCCAGUCCUGGGCUGGUUCUCCCAAACUGUAGACUACGGUUUGAAUGAGUCCAUGCCGCUGGUCACUAAACAGCUGCAGUACCUGUGGGGUGUUCCUGUCAUUCGGACGCUCUUCAGUGAUGUCCUCUCUAAAAAGUUGGAGAGCCAGGAGCCGACUCCUCCACCCCAGCAGCCUAGCACAUCACAAAACAACAUACCAGUUAAAAAUCUCUUCAAGCGCGCGUUUCAGAAGUCUGCGUCUGUGCGCAACAUCCUGAAGCCAGUAGGAGGGAAGCGGGUGGACUCAGCUGAAGUUCAGAAGGUCUGCAGCAUCUGUGUGCUGUACCAGACUGCACUCUCCACACUGACGCAAAUACGACUUCAGAUACUCACUGGUCUGACACACCUUGAUGACCUGCUUCCCAAACUCUGGGCCUUCAUCUGUGAGCUUGGUCCCCAGGGAGGCCUGAAACUUUUUAUGGAGUGCCUGAAUAAUGACACAGAGGAGUCCAAGCAACUUCUGGCCAUGCUCAUGCUCUUCUGUGACUGCUCACGGCACCUCAUCACAAUUCUGGAUGACAUUGAGGUCUAUGAAGAGCAGACCUCUUUCAAGAUAGAAGAACUCAUCACCAUCUCCUCAUUUCUGAACACAUUUGUGUACAAGAUGAUAUGGGAUGGCAUCUUAGAAAAUGCCAAGGGAGAGAAACUGGAGCUGUUUCACAGUGUUCAUGGCUGGCUGAUGGUGCUCUAUGAGCGAGACUGCAGGCGAAGAUUCUCCCCUGAUGACCACUGGCUGCGCAAGGACCUGAAGCCCAGCCUGUUGUUCCAAGAGCUGGAGAAAGGCAAGAAAAGAGCCCAGCUUUUACUGCAGUACAUCCCUCAUGUCAUUCCACACAAAAAUAGGGUGCUGCUUUUCAGGAAUAUAGUAACAAAGGAAAAGGAGAGCUUAGGAUUGGUGGAAACAAGCUCUGCUUCACCACAUGUCACUCACAUUACCAUUCGCCGCUCACGGAUGUUAGAGGAUGGAUAUGACCAGCUUCGCCGGUUGCCAGUAAAUUCUAUUAAAGGUGUCAUCCGUGUGAAGUUUGUUAAUGACCUGGGAGUGGAUGAGGCAGGUAUUGAUCAGGAUGGCGUCUUCAAAGAGUUUCUAGAGGAGAUUAUUAAGAAAGUCUUCAACCCUGCUCUCAACCUCUUCAAGACUACAAGUGGAAAUGAAAGGCUAUAUCCUUCCCCCACAUCUUACAUCCACGAGAACCAUCUGCAGCUCUUUGAGUUUGUGGGAAAGAUGCUCGGGAAAGCCAUGUAUGAGGGUAUUGUUGUGGAUGUCCCUUUCGCCUCCUUCUUCCUCAGUCAAGUCUUGGGUCACCACCACAGCACUUUCUACAGCUCCAUAGAUGAGCUGCCCUCACUGGACUCUGAGUUUUACAAGAAUCUCACCUCCAUCAAGCGCUAUGAUGGUGAUGUAGGGGAUCUAGGACUGACUUUGUCCUAUGAUGAGGAUGUCAUGGGGCAGCUGGUCUGUCAUGAGUUGAUUCCUGGAGGGAAGACCAUGCCAGUCACUAAUGAAAACAAGAUCAGUUACAUCCACCUCAUGGCUCACUUCAGGAUGCACACGCAGAUUAAGGAGCAAACCACUGCGUUUAUCCGGGGCUUCCGCAGCAUCAUCAACCCAGAAUGGUUGCACAUGUUUUCCACUCCUGAGGUUCAGCGCCUUGUGUCAGGGGACAAUGCAGAGAUUGAUCUAGAUGACCUCAAGAAGCACACAGUGUACUAUGGAGGUUUUCACAGCAGCCAUCGGGUCAUCAUAUGGCUGUGGGACAUCCUGUCCAGUGACUUCAAUGCUGAAGAGAGGGCUAUGUUCCUCAAAUUUGUUACCAGCUGCUCAAGGCCGCCUCUUCUAGGUUUCGCCUACCUCAAACCACCUUUUUCCAUUCGUUGUGUGGAGGUCUCAGAUGAUCAGGACACUGGAGACACCCUUGGCAGUGUCCUUAGGGGCUUUUUCACUAUUCGCAAGAAGGAGCCUGGUGGACGUCUCCCCACUUCAUCCACGUGCUUCAACCUGCUCAAACUGCCCAACUACAGCAAGAAGAGCAUCUUGCGUGACAAGCUACGCUAUGCGAUCAGUAUGAACACAGGAUUUGAGCUCUCUUAACUCAUUCUUUGGGACAGUGUGCAUUGGACGGCUGUGUUAACAAGCCUGACCUAUGUGAGCCAGUAGGCUCACUUGGGCUGGAGCCUACUACCACAGCAGUGGAGCAUCGCCAAAACAAAAGGGCAAUCAUAAUGGACCCACAUACUUUCCUUAUGUCUAAUUAAAAUCAGAUUAGCUCUACUUCAACCCAGUCCCUCUGGAAGUCCAGACACUCUAAUGGCUCCUCAGGCCAGUUGCUGCCUGUAUUUUUUUUUUUUUUUUUGCUUUUUUGAUCGGCCAUAAUAUAUCCUGUUAGGACAAGCAAAGACAAAGGGAAUGCUGUUUUUGCAGCACAGUGAUUUUUUUUUCAGCAUUUUCCUUUGCCACUCCCAAAAUUCAACAUGUCAGGUAUUUACCUUGAUGAAAUACCGAAAUGUAAUUGCUAGAUCUCAAUUUCUCAGGCUUAACAGAAUCAUUCUUGGAUAUAACACUCCCAUUUCAAGUGAACUGGAAAGCAAUAUAGAUGCAAUGCAAGCCAUUAGACACAGGGUUGACUCAUUUGAGCAAAGCCAAGGGAUGCAUUGUUAAUAUACAAACAAGCUUGGACUCUGUUAUCCAAGCAACUUUCAGCUGAUAUUGGAUGAGUCUUAAAAGGCUUGCUGAACAUAAUGCAUCUUUUAUAUAUAGUAGACAAAUCAUUGUCUCAUGUUCAACUUCCAUGAAGGAAAAAUGGCUCAUAGGAAGUGGUCCUGUGUCCUACAUGGAUUAAGAGGAUAAAUCCUGGUGACCUCAUUCCAGUUCUCUUCACUAAGACACUACAGUCACCUGACAGAGACUUUUGCCCUCUGGUUUUCUCUUCUCUACACAGAGAUACUGUAUAUCUGAAAACUUCAGAUCUGCCUCAGUUCUGGUGAAGCAGCGAUGUGUUUCUUGACACAAAAUGAUUAUUUGUCCAUGCUGUUGUUUGUUUUUAGACCAAGAUGUCCCUGCUGUAGCCUCUUUUAUCUUUGAGAAUGGAGCUGGAUAUUUUUUUGCAAAUAAUGAAACUGCACAUAGUGAUUACUGCAUGCAGUUUUAGUAUCUGCCCAGCACAGCAGACACAGCUUUUCCAUAUCACAUGUCUGUGCUUGACAUCCCACAAAAAACUGAACAGUAAAGUCAAUCAUUGAUGUUAGUCUUUGUACUAAUUACUGGUAAAACCUUUGAAUAAUGCUGAGUGCCUCGUGUAUGCUCCCCCUUGCCAUCACAUGUCUGACUGUAUUUCAAGUGUAACCAGUAACCACGUCUCUCGGAAACAAGCCAUACAUAUGGGGGCAAGGUACUGAGACUGUUCUCUGCUCCUACUAAGAAGAAAGCUCCGAAACCCAUCCACUGUCCUACCACUCCACCAACCAAGAAGGGUUUUAAUAAGAUGCUCUCUCAUCUUUGUGAACUUUUUAAGCCAUGUGGAAAAGAAUUUGAGGUGAAAGCCUCUCAACAUGAUGUCAUGGACUGGUUCAACCAAAUCUGACAGCUUGAUUUGAUGUCCCCUUCAACGGAAAUCUUGCACACAAAAUUCUGCUCUGUUUGUGGGUAUUGAUAAAGGGAGAUGAGGGUGAAUGUACUUUAUAGGCCUAAAUGUUGCAUUACACAUGGUUUAAUUAACUGGUGGAGUUAAUGAAGAGACGUUUUAGUGAAUUACCAGAGAAAUGACUGCACCUUUGAUAGAGUAGAGAGGUUUUAAACAAAUAACUAUUGCAUAUUUACUAAGUUUCUUAUGCAAAUAUGUUGUCUGUGUGGUGAAUGGCUAUGGAUGUUUUUGUCAGCAGGCGCCCCAGACUUUAGUUAACCACGUUGGUCAUUUUUGCCAUGUCUCUAACUAACAAUAUUAUGGCCAUUAACCAAGUAUGAUCAUAAUUAAAAUGCAACCAUUAUGUAUCCCUGGUUGUAUUCCGUUUUGCCUCCAAUCUUCUUAUGAGGUGAAACCUGCAACUCAUUUCCAAAUGUGUGACAAAUCAGUCUGGAGGAAGCCACUAUAAUGUCUUAGCUCCUCUUUCCUUGAAUCUGUUGUUCAAGCAAGGCGUGGCAACACUGUGAAGAUGGAGUUGCCCUCUGUGUGUUCAGUGUGCAAGAGAGAUGAAAGAUACCUCACAAGCUUUGUUUGUUGUGUCUGAUGAGGUUGCUCAUCAGUUUUAAAUGAUGUCAAGAAAUCUUACCAACAGUGGGCUAGACUGUAAAUGACGGACUGCUGAUGCUGGCUUUGAAUAUCCAUUCUUUUAGUAAAUUAAAAAAAAAAAAAAGAAGAAAAAAAAAGGGUCCAGGAAAUGUUUCCAUGCUCCUAUGAAAGUACUGUUUCCUUCUCUUUUUUAAAAGUGUCUUUGAAACGGGCUGCACUAUGUGGAAUAAGUUGUUGAAAAGCCGACUCCCGUGUAAAACUAGUCCAUGUGUAAGAUACUCUCUUCUGUAAGACAGUAUUGUUCAAUCAUAUACUCCAUUAUUAUUAUUAUUAUAUAAAUCAUUUACUUAACAG